AAAGAGAGACAAAGAUAAAAGCAUGAGAGGCGCCCCUUUCUUCUUCUUCUUCUUCUUCUUCUUCUUACCUUAUUGAAGAAAACAAACAUAAUCAAUCAGCGACUAAAUGAAGGCCGCUCAGGAAACCCCAAAAUCGUCGUCCAAGAAACCAUACUCAGGGCAAAGCUCCAUUGAUGUAUUAGCUGCACAGUGUGAGAAAUGCCACAAAUGGAGGGUGAUUCAAUCUGAAGAUGAGUUUGAAGACAUCAGAAGCAAGCUCAGUGAGGAACCAUUCUACUGUAACAGAAGACCUGGUGUGUCUUGUGAAGAUCCUGCUGAUAUUGAGUACGAUUCUUCUAGGACAUGGGUUGUUGACAAGCCUAACAUGAAGAAGACACCAGAAGGGUUUAAGAGGCAUUUGGUGCUUAGAAAAGACUAUUCCAAACUGGAUACUUAUUACAUUACACCUGAGGGGAAAAAACUGAGAUCCCAAAAUGAAAUUGCCACAAUCUUGAAAGGCAAUCCCAAGUACAAUGGCAUAUCCCCUUCAGAUUUCGACUUUGGAAGCCCAAAGGUUAUGGAAGACACUAUUCCUGUGGAUGUUCCCAAGAAGGUUCCAGGUAGCAGCAACAAAAAACUUAAAACAACAAAGGACUAGAGCAAGUAGUGUAUCUUGGAAAGACGGGGGCAAAUUUUGGUUGGGAGGCCUUGCUUCGUGUAGAAAGUAUGUUUGUUUAUCUUUGUGAUGGAAUUGGGAUACCUAGCUGUUGUUAUUUGGUUUUGCAACUGUUGCUCAGUUUAUUAAUGGAGAUGGUUUGGUGUAUCCUCACAAAUGAUCCUUGUAGUGCUAUUAGAUAGAGUUUUCAUCA